CCUCCAUCAUUUUCUCACCGACGCUAAAUAUCUUCCUCUGCUCUCCUACAUAUAUAUGGACAUCAUAAUAUUACUUUCUUUAAAUUCAAUCAUCUCUGGAGCUUAAUUAGUUUAUUUGGUCAUCGAUCAAACUAAAUCAGCAAGUAGCAAGCAUGAAGAAAACUUCACCAUACAUUUCCUUCUUCCUAGUACUCUUCUUUGUCUUCUUUGCCUUUUGCUUUUCCUCUUUGGCUUUUGGACAGGCCACUUUGCCCCAAGAUGAAGUGGAAGCUCUGAACGACAUAGCUAAGACGCUUGGAAAGGAGAAUUUGUUUUCUGAAGAAAAAGAUGUAUGCAGUAGUAGUGAAGAAGAACAAAGUGGGAGCUCGUGCAUGAUGUUGAAGGGUAAUCAAACUACUGUUGUCAUCUGCAACUGCUCCUAUGCCGAUUCCACUCUCUGCCAUGUCACUAGCUUAUGUGUGAAACGACAAAGUCUCCCAGGUCAACUCCCACCAGAACUUGUGAGGUUGCCUUACCUUCAACAAAUCGAUCUUACAUACAACCUCCUGAAUGGAACUAUUCCAAAAGAAUGGGGCCGAAUGACGAAUCUUACCUUCAUAUCCUUAGGGGGAAAUCGAAUAACGGGUUCAAUUCCAAAAGAGAUAGCAAACAUUUCCACACUCCAAGUUUUUGUUGUUGAGUUCAAUCAAAUGUCUGGAAAGCUUCCUCCUGAGCUUGGGAAUCUCUCACAACUUCAAAGACUGCAAAUUAACUCAAACAAUUUUACCGGAGAGCUUCCUGCAACACUUGCCAAGCUCACUUCAUUGCAGAUUGUUCAACUUGCCGACAAUCAAUUUUCGGGGAAGAUACCUGAUUUUAUUCAAAGUUGGACAAAUCUUCAGCAACUAGUAAUUCAAGGGAGUGGGCUUAGUGGGCCAAUUCCUUCCGGGAUUUCAGUUUUGGAACACUUAAAUGACUUGAGAAUAAGUGAUCUGAAUGGAGAUGAAAAUUCAUCUUUUCCUCAACUUAAAAAUAUGUCAAUGAAAAAUCUGAUUUUGAAGAGUUGCAAUAUUAAUGGAACACUGCCUACAUAUCUUGGGAGCAUGACAAGUUUACAAACCUUAGACCUCAGCUUCAACAAAUUAACUGGACCAAUUCCACCUCAAUAUGAGAGCCUUAUCACCCGAUUAGUGGCAUACAUGUAUUUAACUGGAAACUUUCUCACGGGAGAUGUAAGUGAGGCAUGGAUAAAUACAGCUAAUAGGAAGCACUACUUAGACCUUUCGUACAAUAACUUCAGCAUUAGUCAGAGCCAAGAUAAUCAAGGAUGUCAAGACGAAAAUACGAACUUAUUUGCCAGCUCUUUGACCCGAAAUGACACCGGAAAGGUUUCAUGUUUGGAAAGCAUUGUGUGUUCUAAAACCUCAUACUCUUUCCGUAUAAAUUGUGGUGGAAGAAAGGUAACAAUAAAUGGAAAGACAUAUGAUGAUGACACAGAUGAAGGAGGAGCAGCAAAGUUCUAUCACAAUGAAAAUACAAAUUAUUGGGCAUUCAGUAGUACCGGUAACUACUUGGAAAGUAAAACUCCGCCAAACUAUAUUCCAUCUAUUGAGUCCAGUACGCUCUCUUUAAACAAUAACAAUGAUGCUGAGCUCUACACCAAUGCACGUGCAUCUCCUGUUUCUUUGACUUACUAUGGAUUUUGCCUUGGAAAUGGAAACUACAUUGUGGAUCUGCAUUUUGCUGAGAUUGUGUUUACUCAUGAUCAAACAUAUAAGAGCCUUGGAAGGCGUAUAUUUGACAUCUACAUUCAGGGAAACCUAGUGCGAAAGGACUUCAACAUUGCAGAAGAAGCAGGAGGCAUAGGUAAAAAAGUUAUAAAAUCGUUCAAUGCAAGUGUGAUUAAUGGUACCUUAGAGAUUCGUUUUUACUGGGCUGGCAAAGGAACAACUGCUAUCCCACAAAAAUCAAUUUAUGGUCCUCUUAUAUCAGCCAUAUCUGUCUAUCGUGAUCAUAGAAGUGGAAUAUCAACAGCUGCUGUGGUUGGAAUUGUUGUUGCCGUGGCAAUUAUUAUCAUCUUGUUGAUAUUUGGCAUGCUUUGGUGGAAAGGCUGUUUGGGAAAGAGAAAUUCAAAAGAAUUAAAGGGUAUAGAUUUGCAAACUGGUAUGUUUUCUGUACGACAAAUCAAAAUAGCAACAAAUAACUUUGAUAUCAUCAACAAGAUUGGAGAAGGAGGAUUUGGUCCCGUGUAUAAGGGAAAGUUACCUAAUGGUACAAUAAUCGCAGUCAAGCAACUUUCUUCAAAAUCAAAGCAAGGGAAUCGUGAAUUCUUAAAUGAAAUAGGCAUGAUUUCUGCUUUACAACAUCCUUGUCUCGUUAAACUCUAUGGAUGUUGUGUUGAGGGAGAUCAGUUAUUUUUGAUAUAUGAAUACAUGCAAAACAAUAGUCUUGCUCGUGCUUUAUUCGGCCGUGAAGAACACCAAAUAAAGUUGGAUUGGCAAACAAGACAUAAGAUUUGUGUUGGUAUUGCUCGAGGAUUAGCAUACCUCCAUGAAGAGUCAAGAGUGAAGGUGGUUCAUAGAGAUAUCAAAGCCACUAAUAUCUUGCUCGAUGAAUAUCUCAACCCUAAAAUAUCUGAUUUUGGUUUGGCUAAACUUGACGAAGAAGACAACACCCAUAUUAGCACUCGUAUUGCUGGCACAUAUGGAUAUAUGGCUCCAGAAUAUGCAAUGCAUGGUCAAUUAACCGAUAAAGCAGAUGUAUAUAGUUUUGGAAUUGUUGCCUUAGAAAUUGUAAGUGGAAGAAAUAAUACAACCAACCAACAUAGUGAAGGGGCAUUCGUUUUACUUGAUUGGGCACGUUUGCUGAGAGAGAAAGGUGAUAUAAUGGAAAUAGUUGAUAGAAGAUUAUUGGAUUCAAACUUGAAGAAAGAGGAGGUGAUGGUGAUGAUCAAUGUUGCUUUCUUAUGCACUAAUGUGUCUCCAACACUUAGGCCUACUAUGUCUUCAGUAGUAAGCAUGCUAGAAGGCAAAACCAUUGUUCCAGAAUUAGCUUCAGAGUCAUUGGAUGAGAAGAAAUUGGAAGCAUUGGAAAUGUAUUAUCACCAAGAUCACCAAAGUACCUCAACAAUGGAGGUGCCAUUGACUACUUCAUCUACUUCUACAGCACAAGAUUUGUAUUCGAUUCACCUAGACUCUUCUUAUUUUGAGAGUAGAAAUUAG